CACGAGUGGCAGUCCAUGGCGCGGGUAGCCGGUGUGCAGUCAGUCACCAAUUCCGCCAGUCGGUUGUAGCCAGUCGGUUGUAUCGGGAGAGCAGCUCCGUUCGCGGGGCCCGCUCACGUAGUGCGGCCUCACGCGCUUCGGUUUCCGCUGAGGAAAAACGAAUUUGGCUCGUUUUCACCUGUCCGCUCAAACGAAAAAUCCCAAACGGCUUUCAUUAUUGUACCGAAGAAAAGAUUCACAAAGUGAGCUGGUUGCGCGCGAACUUCGCAGUAAGUGCGCGGAGUGUAUCUCGAUAUCGAGUGCUGAAUAAAGACGCUUGUCUGCUUCGUAAGUGAUAAAGUGUUGGCUGCGCUAAGAGUACGAACGAAGAGAUUUCUCGUAGAAGGAUCCUCACCUCCGUGGCGCGAAACAAUAUUCCAGAAGAGGCUGCAGAAACCUGACCACGGAUGGUUAACGACGUAAUGAGCGAGUACGAACGAAUCAAGCGUUCGUGCUUGAAACGAGGCGAGCUUUGGGAAGAUCCGGAAUUCCCAGCGACACAGGCGUCAGUCUUUUAUCAUCAGACGCCACCUUUUCAAUUUCAAUGGAAAAGACCGAAGGAAUUAUGCAAUCGUCCUAUCUUCGUCAGCGACGCACCAGCUCAGUUCGAUGUCAUUCCUGGGAAGAUGGGUGAUAAGUGGCUGGUGUCGUGUCUGGGCGUCCUGCACCUCAGUAAAGGUCUAUUCUACAGAGUGGUACCGGCUGAUCAAGGUUUUGGCAGUGGUGGCGAACCCUCGGGCUCGCCAACCGCUGAAUACGCCGGGGUGUUCAGGUUUCGAUUGUGGUGGUGUGGCGCGUGGGUGGAAGUACUCGUUGACGACAGAUUACCAGCGGUUCAUGGAAGACUGGCCUUCGUACAGAGUCGCCAUAGCGAUCAGUUUUGGCCGGCGCUGUUGGAGAAAGCUUACGCCAAACUUCACGGUUCUUACGAGGCACUUAAGUACGGCACAUUACUAGAUGGCUUAUCCGAUCUCACGGGCGGCAUUACCGAAAGCAUCGCCAUUCGUCAGGAUCCCACAGCGUGCGGACGAGCGCUGUCGAAGCUUUUGGACAUGACGUCUCUCAUCACUUGUACAGUAAACAAUAAUCAACAGCAACAGAUACGUGCCAGCACAGAGAAACUCGCUAAUGGCAUACAAAUGGGAAUCAAUUACAGACUGUACGCGAUUGAAAGGGUAGAAACUUUUGGAGGUGAAGCCGUGCAAUUAGUAAAAUUAAGAAAUCCUCUUGGACCUGGUGGGGAAUAUGUGGGUGCUUGGGCGAGAGGUGGCCUUGAGUGGGACGAAGUGCCCGCAAUGGAAAGGGAACGGUUAGCCGUGAGAAAUAUGGCUGAAGGAGAAUUUUGGAUAUCGUAUUCCGACUUCGUUAAGACGUUCACUCAUCUGGAAGUUGUGCAUCUCGACGCUGAAACUUCGAGAGAUGAACCGUCGUUGCACAGCAAGCACACGUGGCAAAUGAAACUGUAUCAAGGAAGCUGGAGAAGAGGUGUUACCGCUGGAGGAUGUCGAAAUAAUCAAGAAACCUUCCACAUUAAUCCUCAGUUGCAUCUCAUUCUCAGCGAGAUGGAAGAAGUGAUCGUCUCGCUGAAUCAACAUUCCAUUAUGGAGCCGAAAGUAAUCGGUUUCACGGCGUACACAUUGCCGAAGAACAGCACCGAGUCGAUAAACAAGCAGUUCUUCAAAAAAAACAAGUCUUUAGUUAAUUCCCAAUACACGAAUAGUCGGCAGGUGAGCCACAGGUGUCAGCUUGAGCAGGGUGGUUACUUGCUGGUACCCACGACCUUCGAGCCGACUCAAGAAACGAGUUUCACGUUACGAGUCUACAGCAGCAAGCCACUAAAACUCAAAUUGUUGGACACUCCGCCGUCUUUAAUGAAAUCCGCGAUCAUCAAGGCGCCUCCUCUCGAGGGAAAAGGCUUUUCUCAAUACGAAGCUGUGUUUCUGCAGCUCGCUGACGAGCACAGAACCGUAAACGCCUUCGAGUUACAAGAGCUUUUAGAAGCUUGUUUACCGAAUGAUUAUAUCAAAAGUUGUGCCUGCAUGGAAGUUUGCCGACAAGUGGUGCUCACUAUGGAUAGUUCUGGGAGCGGUCGGCUGAAGUUCAACGACUUCAAGGAUCUCAUGUGCAGUUUGAAGUACUGGCAGGCUGCUUUUAAGAAUCACACGAAGGAAAAGACGGGUAUACUCAAGGCGGAGAGACUGCGAGAUGCUUUGCUGGAAGUUGGUUUCCAAUUAAAUACCGACGUAUUAUCCAUUUUGAUUCUUCGAUAUAUGAGAAAGGACGGAACUCUACGAUUCGGCGACUUCGUCUCGGCGAUAUUGCAUUUGAGCGAUGCAUUUGGAAUAUUCGAAAGCAAGGACCCUCUGCAAAAUGGAACGAUAAAAUUAAGUCUGUCCGAGUGGCUGAGAUCGUCUCUGAUGUGUUAAAGCGUUAGUCAGCGCGAAAAAAUAUUUGUGUACCUUAAAAUCGCCUGUAAAUAACAUGUUUUUUUCCAUUUUGAUACUAGACAUAAGCUCUAGCCAUAUUAACGAUAAAGUGAUCAUCUGUUUUCUUUUUACACGUUGUAAAAUAAUGUCAUUGCUUUUAUGUGAUCGUUGAUCAUCAUAUUAUGUAAUUACUAUGUGUUAUAAUUUUAAAGAACUAUGUAUGAUACGCGUCGUUUUUACGUAAGAAUAUCGCACUGGAUAUAAUAAAAUUAAGUUUAUUUUGUGCAUAA